AUAUGUCAAUUGGUAAAAUCAGGCACAGAGGAGAGUAAGAGUUUCUUGUAUCAACAACAUAGCAACUGAACACCCACCUGUUACUCAAAGCAAUAGAAACCUCAGGGAGGACUUCUCUAAUCCCAGAAUAGAGGCAUGACCUUGCCUUGAUGUCCUUCUUUGUGAAAAUGUCUACAUCAGAUUUGAUGGAGAAUCUCAGGGAAGAACUGACCUGUUUCAUCUGCUUGGACUAUUUCACCAGCCCUGUGACCACUGAGUGUGGGCACAGCUUUUGUCUCCUGUGUCUCCUGAGGAGCUGGGAGGAGCAUAACACUCCUUUGUCUUGUCCCGAGUGCUGGAGGACCUUGGAGAGCCCACACUUCCAGCCCAAUGAGCGUUUGGGGAGGUUGGCUGGCAUCGGCAAGCAGCUCCGAUCCCAGGUGCUGCAGAGUGAGGGUGAACUAGAUGCCUCUGGGAGAAUGCUGGCAGGCACUAAGGUGUCCUCUGAUGAUGAGCAGGGUGUAAAUGCUUUCUCAAGUCAAUGUCAUGGAAUAAACAGAUUGCAUCCCUCCAGUGAGGCUGAGGAGCGUCACAAAGAGAAACUCAAGGAAAUCCUAAAUCUUUUGCAUAAAAAGAGAAAGGAAACUCAGGUUAUAUUAACCCAUGAGAAGGAGAGAGUAAUACUGUGCAAGGAAGAGACGAAGGCCUGUAAACAGGUUGUUGUGUCAGAAUAUGCAAAAAUGCACCAGUUUUUGAAGGAGGAGGAGCAGCUGCAGCUCCAGUUACUGGAAAAGGAAGAAAGAGAGAACAUGAAGAAACUAAGGGAUAAUGAGAUCAAGCUGACCCAACAAAUAAGAAGCCUGAGCAAAAUGAUUGAACAGAUAGAGUCUACGUGUCAGAGCUCCAUUAUAGAAUCUUUUGAGGAUAUGAAAGGAACACUGGAAAGGAGUGAGCCACUCUUGCUUCAGUGUCCAGAGGCCACCACCACGGGACUGACUCUGUGCCGCAUCACUGGAAUGAGGGAGAUGCUAAAAAAAUUCAGCACGGACAUAACUCUGGACCCAGCUACAGCCAAUGCCUACCUUGUCUUGUCUGAGGAUCUGAAGAGUGUGAGACACGGAGGAAUCCGACAGCACUUACCUGACAAUCCAGAACGAUUUGACCAGUCUGCAACUGUGCUGGGCGCUCAGAUCUUCACCUGUGGGAGACACUACUGGGAGGUGGAGGUGGGCAACAAGACGGAGUGGGAAGUUGGCAUCUGCAAGGACUCAGUGAGCAGAAAGGGCAAUCUCCCAAAGCCACCAGGGGACCUCUUCUCACUUAUAGGCUUAAAAAUUGGAGAUGAUUAUAGUCUUUGGGUCUCAUCACCUUUAAAAGGUCAACAUGUCAGAGAGCCUGUGCAUAAGGUUGGUGUUUUCUUAGACUAUGAGUCUGGGCAUAUAGCAUUCUACAAUGUGACAGAUGAGUCCCUCAUCUACAGUUUCCCUCCCACCUCUUUCCAAGAGGCUCUCAGGCCUAUCUUCUCCCCUUGCCUCCCAAAUGAAGGGACGAACACAGGCCCUCUUAUCAUCUGUUCACCGAAUAGUUAUAUUUGAGGGAGAUGCCCCGAGCCUUCACUAAGGAUGAGGUCUAAGAGCAAUAGAUGAUUAUUAAUUAAGGUGAUUAAUGCAUCAACACUAUUAACAUUGGACUAUCUGAAAGGAAAGCCUCCCCAAAGAGUUUCCAUUAACUUGAGCCACAAUCAACAGCCAAAUGGGACAACCAACUUUCAACACCAUAGAAGGCUGAUCAUAUCCUGUCUUUAACCAAAUUCAUUAUUUAGACUGUCCCACCUAUAUGAUGGUCACUAAAACUGUAGAGAUAGAACUCGCCCCUAUUAUCCCUGACCCCACUGUCAUAGGCCAGUUUUAUAAAUAUAUGUCAUGUUUUUGAGUGUAUUUAUUUAUUUGACUCUAAAGAACUCUGCUAAUUUGAA